UUAGCAGAGUCCGCUCUCUUGUAUUUUACUGUUCCUAUCUCACCUCGCCCCGUGAAGUGAGGAUUUCGAUCCCCUUGGAGUGGUCUGAGAGAGAAGGCACAAACCAUCAAUCCUCCCGGAAGCCAAGCAGAGCAGCAAACCCUAUUUAAACCGCGGCGGCUCUCCCUCCCGCAGACCCCACCCAGAUCCGACCAUCCACACCACGCCACCCCUCGCCGGCGCCGCCCCCUUCGCCUGCGGCCAGCGCAGCGCGGCCGCCGCAGCGAUGGUGUACGUGGAUUCGUGGGACGAGUUCGUGGAGCGGUCCGUGCAGCUCUUCCGCGCCGACCCCAUCGACACCCGCUACGUGAUGAAGUACCGGCACUGCGAGGGGAAGCUCGUGCUCAAGGUCACUGACGACCGCGAGUGCUUGAAGUUUAAGACAGAUCAAGCUCAAGAUGCAAAGAAGAUGGAGAAGCUAAACAACAUCUUUUUUGCUCUCAUGACUCGUGGGCCUGAUGCUGAUAUCAGUGAAGUUUCAGGGAAGGAACAGGCAGAACAACAUCAAUCAAAGAAAGGACGGGGCAGAAGGCAGUAGUUUCUGGUUUGUUCCUGAUUUGUUUCAGAAAAUUCACAACUGGAAUGUUGGAUGGACAUUUCACUAACUCGUGUUGUCCCCGCGAUGUUACUCUGAAGGAAAUUUGAGCAGUCCUUGGACUUUUCCUGGUACAGAAUACCGAGAAACAUAUGCACACUAUCAUGAUUGAGAAACGCACAAUCAUUGACAUUUUAUUUCGCACAUGCGGUGUUUAUUGGUUUUUUUCGGUUGAGGAA